AUGCUAGACCUUCGAUUUUGGAAUCUGGCUCUGCUCUUCGUCUUCGUUCUCCGUUGGGGCGUUUCUCCGGGCUUUGCUUCCCCUCUCGACUCAGGGGCUAGUGUCGAAUCUCGUGGGAGGGACUUGUCUCGACGGAAGGAACUACGACGAGAGAAAGAACUACGACAAACCACGGAAGAACCGAAACCGUGUUUCUUCUCGUGUCCACCGACUGACGCGCGUGGUCUGCCCCUCGUACGGAGAGCGGGGGCUGUGGGACCUGCGAGCUGGUACGACGUGGUUGAGUGUGUGUACGCACCGAAGCAUUGGUACGAUUCGGGACAUACGCGAUGGGUGUCCUCCGCGGGGUGUACCCUGCUCAACAUCCGACUCCUCCUCGACGUCGCCUUCUUCGAUGUACUCAAGCCACGAUAG